AGGAAUCCUCCUCUGCUGUGCCUGCUCCCACAGCUCUUCCCAGCGAGCUCCAACCAACACCAGCAAAACCAGUAGAGAUCACGGUGCUGAUGGCGCAGGACCUGAGAAGUCUCAAAAGUGACCUGCAUGUUACUUCAGUGCACGUGGAGUACAAUGGAGCCAUCCUGGGAGACUCCUCCAGGGUUGAUGUCCUGCCAGAUGGGACAGCAAACUAUAAUUUCACCACCAGCUUCGAGUGUCACCCCGAUGGGCCCAACUCCUUGGAUGACAUUGCACAAAAACCUGUGCUCUUGACAGUGAUAGAAGUGUUGCAAAAGGAGAAGAAAAAGAAGGAGAAGACUGUGCCCCUUGGCCAAGCCGUGGUGGACCUGCUCCCCCUGCUCCAAGGACAGGGUUCAUUUCAGGUCUUUGCUCCUCUGUAUGCAGUGCCUGCCUCUCCAUCAGAGAGCCUUCACCCCGAGGCCAAGGGUGGCCUUGAAGUGACAGUGUGCUCCCAAGAGCCCUUGGUUCCUGCAGAACAGCUUUCCCAUUCGAAUCUCCUGAGUGUCACCCUGGAGGCAGCUUAUUCUGUCCCUGAAGCAUUUGCUCCUGCUGGACCCCUGCAAAGCUACAUGGUUUGUUUGCAAGUCCCAGCAGCUGGGGAGAGGGAAGCCCUCUUGCUCUUCAAGGAUGGUGUCCUGAAACCUGCUGGUGAAAAAGAACCAUUGCCCCGGCCCAAAAAAUGGCCCCUGAGUAACAUCAUGGCCCCAGCAGCUCUGAACAUCCCCAACUCCUUCAUCAUUGGUGGUCCCUAUGAGGAUGAGGAUGGAGAGCUCAACAAGAGAGAGGACAGGGAGUUCAGGAUGCAGGCAGAAACCUCCAGGAGAAUCAUCUGGGACAUGGAAAGACGCUGUUACCUGGACCCUGCUGCAGCUGCCACCCUGCAGCAGCGCGUUGCCGAGAGCCAGAGCUGGCCCGUGGAGAUCUGCAGGAUGGCCCUGCCCUCAGCCAGCAAAGGGAAAACCAGCAAAGCUGACAAGGGAGAUGAGGACAAGCAGAUUUUCUUCCAUGGUGUGGCCUAUGUCAACAUGUUGCCUUUGCUGUGCCCUGGGGUGAGGCAGAUCCGAGGAGCUUUCCCUGUCUGCACCUACCAAGACAGAGAGGUGCUGCUGAAGACCAAAAGCCAGCACAGUGUUUUGAGGGACCUCAGGAGGAAGCUCAGUCAGAAUAAAGAAGGACCAUGGGCCCCAGGACUGGGUACCCCCCUUUCCAGUGCUCUCAGCCAUACUCAGAGAGAAGACAAAAUCAACAAGGAGAGAGAUUCCAGCAGAAGGAUGUCUGGCACAUCCCUGAUCCUGUCGUCAGAUGCCACUGGAGAAGCUGAAAAUGCCACCCAGCACAGCCCUGAUGGACAGCAGUACUUUGAGGCAGGAACUUUCCUGCUGCUGGAGAUAAAGCUGGACAAGGCCUUGGUACCCAAGCGGACCCGAGAGGAGCUCAGCGACCGGGUCAAGGAGAUGAUUCCUCCUCGCCCCCUGCUGCCUCCCCGGACCUCAGGAGCCAAGAAGGCUGUGGAGGGUUAUCACAACUGUGUCAGGAACCUGGCUGUUGCCAUCCUCAGGGAAUAUCAGGAGCUCUUUGGGAAGCAGCUGCCUGAGUGGGGAGCAAUAGAGCCCCCAAACCUGGAGGAACAGAAGCUUCAGCUCAGCUGUGAGCUUGCUAGCUCUGGGAAAAAACUGGUUUAUAAGGAACAGCUCCAGUAUGCUGUCGUGAAGAUUGUGAGGGAGAAAUACCUAAAGACCAUGGCAUUUGAGACCCAGGAGCAGCUCCAGGAGUUCCUCUGUGAGCUCAAUGUGUACCUCAUGGACCAGAUGCACAUUGACCUCAACCAGCUCCUCUCCCAGGAAGCUGUUUCUCCCUCCCCUCCCACCCCCCUGACCGAGGAGCAGCUCUGCCUCUUUGCUCAAGAAGCUGAGCUCGACAAGGACUAUGAGCUGGCAAACUUCUAUCACCAACAGAGAUUAUCCCAGGACCAGCACAACAUCCAAUCCUGGCUGGACUAUGGAGUGUUCAACCUCCUGCUUGAGGACCCAACCAAAGCCCAGGAGUGCUUCCAGCAGGCUCUUUUUCUGGACCCUCAUCACAUCCAAAGCUUGCUGCUCUGUGCCACUGUGGCUGCCAUGCUGCAGCACUAUGAAGAGGCAGAGACUUUCUUUGAGAUGGCCUGCUCCUUGGAGCCACCCAGCACUGUAGCCUGGACCCUGUCAGGUUUGUUUUACGAGCUGCAGGAUGACAGUAUUCGGGCAGAAAUGGCCUUCAGGGAGGCUAGGAAGCUCCUGCAGGCACAGCUUGACAAGGAGAAGGGCAUCCCUGAGGGAGAAGGAGGGGAGGAGCACGUUUCUGCUGGCUCUGUGGGCUCUCCCAGCCCAGACCCAGCAGAGAACCCACCAGCACCAAGCCCUGCUUCAGGGCCUGGCCAACCUCCCUGCACCAUCUUCAUGAAGGCAGUGGAAUUCCUGCAGAAGGUCAAUGCCAUCCAGUUUCUUCACCAGGCACUUGCCCACGAGCUGCUGAACUUUGAGGAAGGUCCUUCCUGUGCCUACUACCUGGCCCUGGCCCACGCUUCCCUGCUGAAGGAAGAUUUCUCCAAAUGUGAGGAGUGUCUCCGUGAGGCCGUCGGCAUCGACUACACGAAUCCAAACGUCUGGGCUCAGAAGGGCCACCUCUGCUACCUGAGGGAGGAAUUUCCUGAGGCCAAGCUGUGCUAUGAGCAGACCCUGAGUUUCCUGGAGGAUGCUGUGGACAUGCACUGGGUCUGCCUGCGCCUGGGCUCCAUCUACCUGCAGGAGAAACAGUACGGGCGGGCCAAGCAGACCUACCUGCUCGCCUGCAAGGACUCAGCCUCCUGUCUCACCUGGCUGGGGGUGGGCAUCUCCUGCUACAGGCUGCACGAGCUGGCAGAAGCAGAAGAUGCUCUGACUGAAGCCAACGCCCUCAAUAACACCAACGCUGAGGUGUGGGGCUACCUCGCCCUCGUCUGCCUGCAGGCAGGACGGGAGAGGGAGGCAGAGCAGUGCUACAAGUACACGGUGAAGCUGGGCCUGAAGGACGAGGCGCUGCUGCGGGAGAUCCGCGCUGUCCACCAGCGCCUGGGCUUCGGGAACCCGGCCCUCUGAGCCCGGGGGGGCUGUCCCGGACCCCUCGGGGGGCUGUCCCGGACCCCUCUGAGCCCCGGGGGGUCUGUACCCAACCCUCUGAGCCCCCUCCCGGACCCCUCUGACCC